AUGGAUACUGCACAACAAGUGGUGAUAUAUCAGUCGUCCUCAGGCAUAGGAGGGAAGGCAUAUGGCGAUUGGGCGAUUGGUGAAGUUCUUGCAUCACAAGGGUUCGAUCAUUUUGCCGAAGAGUGGAUCGACGGAACCCGAGGUUAUGGAGCUAUCGACUAUUCAGUGCUUACUGAAGAAGUGCUUGUUUUAGUACAAAAAGUCAAGAAAUAUGACUUUGAAAAAGGAACUACACAAACAUCGUACACAUGCAUAGCGCUGUAG